AUGGCGCAACCGCCCGCAUUUAAUUUGACACCGCUGGAUGUCCAGCUACUGGCGAUGACCGACGAGGAAUUCGUCCCUCAUAGCUGGGACGAUCUUCGAGACAUUAUCGCACGGAAUGAUCUCGGCGCCCUCAAGCGCAGACCUUCCGACCUGCGCCGGUACCUGGCUUGGACAGCCGAGACCAAGGCCAAGUAUGGCUCCAUGAUGAACUAUAUCUGCCAGGAGCGCCUGCGCUGGACCUUCUCAGAUUCGACCGAGCCGGCAACGGUAGGCGUUCCCAACGGAAAUGCGCACCCGCCCAACGGGGCAGCAACGGCAGGGUCGUCCUCAUUAGCGGCGACAAUAGCCUCAAGUGGGCCCAUUACAUUCAACAAUUCACGCCCAUUUGCCGAUCCCGCAGACUACAAGAUUCUGCGGAAUGACUGGCCAUACGGGCUUGAUGCGGGUAUCUCGCACUUGGUCGUGUGGCUGCGAACGCGGAUCCCGGUGCAGUCAGAAGAGGGUCAUUUGACGGAUGAAUCCCGCGCCAUGAUCGACGACUUCGUGGAGGAGACCUUUGUCAGACGCUUGGCCGAGGACCCCAAGAAGAGAUUUCCCAACCCGCAAUCUCAGGUGCUCUGGUUCAAGAACUGGGUGGGCUUGCAGAGUGUCCGAGCGUUGGAGCAUGUGCAUAUCCUGGUGAGGGAUGUUCCGGAGGAGAUUCUGAUCGAAUGGUCUGGCGAAACUGCCAUAUGA